AUGCUUGCAGUGGUGCUGCUUGCGUUUACUGAGGGUCUUCAGUGGGAUGAGGUUUUCCAGGCAGUGGAAGUCUUCAGUGGAAAAGCAACAUUGAGCAAAUGCUUGCUGGCUGCGGGGUAUGCCACAGCCAGUCUCGAUAUCGUUGACUGGAAGCCAUGGAUGGAUGACCGAAUCAAACAUGGCCGCCAAGUAUCCAAAAGGAACCCAUUGGAUUUGACAACGGCCGCUGGUUUUGGGCUUCUUAUCUCAACAAUUCUGAGAAGCAAAUCUGAUGCGGUGUAUGCAUUUGGAUUGGUGUGUUCGUCCUUUGUGAGUGUUUCCCGUGGAAGUACGUUUCGCCACUACUUCCUACCUCUUGGUGAUCCAUCAUCGGCAUCAGCCCAAUUGGGAAAUCUGCUAUGUGCAAGGAUGAUAUUGGCACUCAUCCUCAUCAUGUCGAGAGGUGGGGUGUGGCUGCUGGAGCAGCCAGUAUCCAGUUUGGUUUUUCGCCACCCAAGAUUUCGGGAAUUGUUGCGCAGAACCACGGUAUGGCGCCAAUCCUUUUGGAUGCGGGGUUGGGGAGCCCGCACACCCAAAAGAACAACUUUAUGGAGCAACAGCAGGGCCAUUCGAAAGUUUCAAACUGCCUCUAAAUUUUCCAGGGCAGCGAAAUCAGCUCGCAAACUUGCUGACGUCUACUAUGACAGGGCAGGCAACAAGAGGUACAAGGGCAACCGCAAUCUCAAAUCCUCCCAGGAGUACCCUGUUGGCUAUGGCAUUCGCUUCACCCAUGCCAUGAAGUAUUUCCAAGCAGAGAAAUCUCCUUUGACAGACCUCAAGGUCCCUGACAUGGAGAACAUUGUCCCGGCCGAUGUCUUCCCAGAUGUCUUUGUUGACGCUGACCUAUGGAAGGAUGCCCGGAUGCCAGAGGUUGCCCAGCAGAAGCUCCAGGCCUUGCAGGGCAAUGCAACUCCCCAGCGGAAGCAACUCUUCUCACCUUCCGAUGCUGAUCGAACUAUGUUCUAUCCUCCCCCUACUCAGGUGUCAGUGAAUUCUAGCCCUGCAGCCCCAGCAUCUUCUGGUGCCCAAAAGAGGGGAAAGAUCACAUCAGAUCAGAAGGAAGAUGUGGCCAACGCACCCAGUCCGGCAACGACCAUUCCUGGUGGAACCCAUGAGGCUGAGAAAGCAUUGACGCCUGGUGCUUUGCUUGCUACUCUUCGAAGGAUCUGUUCGCCUAAGCCCAGCUCAGGCAAGCUGGAGGUGAGUGCCGAGGAUGCUUUCAAGAAGCACGUGGAGCACAUUCAGAAGAAAAGCCGUAGAUCAAAGCUUCAUGUGGCGCAAGGGUAUUAUAGCAAGGAGCACAUGAAGACUAAGCUGGGUUGGAGUGCGCAACGCAUCCGUGCAGCUGUUGCGUACUGCACGGUGCCCAAAAGGGUGAAAUCCCAUACCAGGAAAGACAAGUACGAAGGGACCCGAGAGUACUGGGUUGAUGUUGAAACGACAGGUUCUUUCGAGAACGAGAACGAAGAGUCCUUCUUGGAAAGCACGGCAGUGUCGGGACAGGGGGAGGACAUUGAAUUGGGUCUCACACCCGCUGCCCAUGCAGAUGGUGAGGACUCAGGUGCUUCUAAUGAUGAAGACGAUGAUGAUGAUGAUGAUCAGGCUAGCUCUGUCCGCACCAAGAACAAGGGCAUGGGACCAGAGGCUGAAUCGGCAUUGGAGGCAGUUGACAAUCUUGGCACCGUGAUGGGCAACCUGCUCAAGACCCAGGCCAAGUUGGAAGGGCUGAAAGACAAGUUGUCAGCGCUUGAGACACCAGAGGGCCCAGGGUUGGUGACCAAAGUUCAGUCAUAUUGCGACAAGCUCAUCACCUUGCGCGAUGAGCUGGCCGAUUUGAAGAGCUACUUCGAUGGUGUGAAGCACUCUGCAAACCCAAAGCCUGACCAAAAGACUGUUUUGCGGGCUGGCCGGGCCUCCACGCCGCGUCAGCAGCCUGGCCAGGUCCUUCUACGGCAAGGCAAUCAAAGUCAUCGAAGAGAACAGGUGAGUGAAGCGCAAGCCUGCUCACUCGCUGACGCGUUUUGGGAGGAAUUUGGUGGUUUGGAAGGUUCGCAUGAUCUACCGAGUGCAAACUUUUUGAAAACGGCAUCGAGAUUGUCUCAGACGGGUCACGCCUACUUGUUGUCUGGCCACUUUGAAGAUUACAAGUUGGCAGCUGACAUACCUUUCAAUUACAAAGAUGUCGGCUUGGGUCAACCCCACCCAGUUUUGUCGAUUCUAGAUUUUGUGAAAACUUUGGACACCAAUGGAAAGUUGGACCUUCUUUUUAUGGGAAACGCACCUCAGCGAUAUGAAGAAUUUUGGGGCAAGUGGCGGGCACGUCAACCUCAUCACCCUAUCUACAGAGCUCAUGGUGAUUGCUUGGGUCGCUGUGUACCAGUAAUGGUGCAUGCAGAUGAGGGUACCUCGCAGAAAAAAAAGGGUGUGAUGAUUGUCUCAGUACAGCCUGUGCUAGGCCACGGCACUAGCAAACGCAAAGCUACAGAAACUGUACCUGGUGUCAACUACCUUGGCAAGAGCCUUGUCACCAGAAUGUUGUAUUCAGUGAUGCUUGCUCGUGUCUACUCCGGCAAGAAAAUGAAAAACAAACCCUUGCUGAAGUUGGUAGAACACCUGGCUCUUGAGUUACGGUCAGCCUUCUACGAAGGCAUCCCUGUGAACCUGACUACCGCGUGUGAGAGAGUCUACCUAGUGCCAAUUGGAAUGAAAGGAGACUGGGCAGCUUUGGUCAAAUGCGGUCAAUUGGUUAGGCAUCAUUUGAGAGAUGUCUCAGCAAAGAAAUCCGGGGCUGGAAUCUGUCACUUGUGCUUGGGGGGACAAGAGUCCCACAAUUGGUUUGACAUCAGUUACGACAAUAUGGAGAAAAUGCGAGAUGGUGCGCCACCACCCUGGUCACAUGAGCCUGCUAUUGUACGACAUUUGCCCUUGGGUGAUCCCUACAAGCACCACUUCUUUCGUAUAGAUGUGUUCCACACGCUACACAAAGGAGUUUUUGGCGAUAUCGCUGCAAAUGCCAUUGUCUCGCUUUGUGAUUAUGCUUGUGGAGACUUGGGAAUCGAGGCUGCGCUCAAUGAAAUUUUCUCUGAUGCAAAGGAAUUCUGCAAGAAGAGGUGCUGGUACAAAGGGGCAGAUACAACAUCCUUACUUCUCUACUUGGAAGCGCGAAUUUGCUUGGAAAUUGAGAAUGUAGAGGAGGGAAUUGUGAAUUAUUUCAAACAGAUCCACGAGAUGAUCGCAGCAGCGAAUGGAUUUAUGAAAACACUUUUUCACUGUGCCCUUUGGCUUUCCCAGGGUGAACGAGACCAUUUGAUUCGAUAUGGAAACGAAGUAGCCAAACUGUACAAGAAAUGCGCAAACUUUGCAUACCGCGCUGGCUUGACCCGGUGGAAGCUACAACCCAAAUAUCACAUGAUGGGCGAGAUCACCUAUGAAUUGGAAGAUGACAAACGACAUGACCGGGACAGUUUAUCCCCCCUGGCUUCCUCGACACAAAUGGACGAAGACCUGGUAGGUCACAUUUCAAAAGCUUCAAGACAUGUCUCUAUUCGAACACUACAUGAGCGCACAUUAGGGCGUUACAAAGUUGCUUUGGCCACCCAUUGGGGGGAAACACCCUCUGCCCACCAGUCCUUCUGA